AAACUUUGGCAUUGGUACUUGGUAGUGGCCUUCCCAUCCCCUUAAAAUCGUUUGACAGAUUAAUUUCCGUUUCAUUAGUUAAUUUAAUAAAAUUUUGUUUACAAAGAUUUGUCUUUUGAAUGGCUGGAAUAGACAGCCAAUCUUCGGUCGGCAGUAUGAAUAGCGAUUUAGAUCACAGUAAAGUGGAGCAUUGCUUUCAGGAGUUUUACACAGAGGUCAAACAAAUUGAAAAACGUGACUCUGUUCUGACUUCAAAGCAGCAAAUUGAUCGAUUGCUAAGAGCUGGUUCAUCAUACUUUAAUCUCAACCCUUAUGAAGUGCUUCAAAUUGACCAUGAACUUCCUGUAGAAGAAAUUAAAAAGAAAUACAAGAGGCUAUCCAUUUUAGUUCACCCUGAUAAAAACAGUGAUGAUGCAGAUCGUGCACAACAAGCCUUUGAAGUUAUCAACCGAGCCUGGAAAAUUCUAGAAAAUGAUAAAACCAGAAAACGUUGCUUGGAGAUUGUUGAGGAAGCUACUGGAAUGACUGAUCUGGCAAUUUCCGAGAAAAGGAAAAAACUGAAGAAAGAAGGAAAGGAUACACGAAUUGAUGAAGAUGACCCAGUCAAAUACCGCCGCGCAGUCUAUGUGAUGACGAUCAAGCUCUUCGCUGACAUGGAGCGAAAACGAAGAGAAUUGGAGCAACGCGAUAUGGAGGAAAGGAAGCGCAAGAGGGAAACUGAAAUUGAGGCAGAAGAGAAGGCCAAGGUGGACAAAGAAUGGCAAAAGAACUUCGAAGAAUCGCGCCAAGGGCGAGUGAGCAGCUGGCAAAAAUUUCAACACAAGAAAACCAAAACGUCCAAGGGAUUUUUCAAACCUCCUAAAAAUAAGAUGGAGCAACGUUGAAACGUUGGAUUCUCGCGCACUUUUCUAAAAAUUGUCUAAUUCGUACGACCGAAGAUAAAAACAAACUAAUAUGACUUACUUUGCACUGAAAGAAAUCUUCUCAAAAAAGAUCAAUAAAAUGUAAAAUGAUAUCAAA